GAACAGGCUGAAUGCGCGUGCAGAGAUGCGCGAGUAUCCGCGAAUUCCCGGCAGCACGGGGCCGCAGUCCGCACAAUAAAGAAAAAAAUUCCACGGAGUUAGGGGAACAGAGAGGCGGCGAGCGUGACGGAGAGAGAGACACGCCAUCCUAAUCCUCCUGGACGCCGAAGAGGCAGACUCGAUUAAUAGUCACGGCCGCGAGAGAAACGACGUCGUCCUCGGCGGAGCCUCGGGAUGAGACUGGCACUCUGCAUCAGACUGGUCCGACAGUUUUUCCGUCGAAUCUCGUGUAAACGCGUGGCCAGCCAGUGAGACCGAGUGCGAGAGAGCGCAAUAGAGCGCGAGAGAGCGCGAGAGGGAGAGGACCGUUGGACCCGUGCGCUUCUUUUCCGCGAGUUUCUUCGAGCCAGUGUUGUUCAGCGAGAGAGACUGCUAGGAUGCGACCGAGUGCCGCUCUUCUGUUGCUCGUCCUGUGCACCCUGUUCGUCGCGUCCGAGUCGAAGCUCCGCCAGCAGGCCGCGGCCGUCGACGACGACGACGACGAGGACGACGACUGGGACGACGACGAGGACGACGCGGACGACGACCAGACCUACCAGUCGAAGCCGGAGGUCGACGACGAUGGCAGGAUCUACAAGAACCCGAGGAACUCGCCGUCGGCGAUGUGCCCGCGCGACGAGCAGCAGGCGAUGCUGCUCGGCCAGAAGUGUCUCCGGAAGUGCUCCACCGACGAGGACUGCAAGAGCAAGAAGAAGAAAUGCAGGUGCGACGGAGCCUGCGGCAUGUCCUGCAUCAAGCCCGAGAGAGAGUGUCCGGUGCUGAACGCGAUCCAGCACGGCACCGUCACCGUCGCCAGCCGCUUCUUCGGGGACCAGGCUCGUUACACCUGCGACCCGGACUACUUCCCCGUCGGGCUUACCGAGAGGACCUGCAGGGCUGACGGCAACUGGACCGGCACCACUCCUUCCUGCAAACGAGACCCCAAGUCCUUCUGCUCGCAACCGCCGAAAGUGACGAACGCGCGGCACAACGCGCUACCGGAGCAGACGACCUUCGACCUGGACAGCGUUGUCCAGUACUUCUGCGAUCACGGUUACGUGACCAACGGGGUCAGGAAGGCCAAGUGCCUGUUGAUGCAGGGCACGGUCAGUUGGUUCGGACCGGACAUCACCUGCGAGCCGAAGAAGUGCGAUCCACCGGCGGACAUCGCCAACGGAUGGCACGCCGGGGAGUGUUACACGUACGACUGUCGCGUGUCGUAUCACUGCGCGGAGGGCAACGAAUUAGUUGGCAAGGCUGAAAAGCUUUGCUUGGCGGACGGCACAUGGACCCCGAAGGAAUCGCCACAAUGCGUUCAAGUUACCACGGUGGAAUGCCCUAUACCGGAGAACCCUGUAAAAGGGAAGGCGGUCUUCACCUCGUAUGCAUACAAUUCCAUCGUGCAUUACGAAUGCGACUACGGCUACACGGUGGUAGGCGCUGGGACGAGACGCUGCGGCGCUGACAGAAAAUGGACUGGAAAGAUGCCCACUUGCCAGGAAAUUAAUUGCGGUUUACCCGGCGUUCUCUACAACGGCUGGAUCGAGAAUAUGGAGGCCGGUACGGGUCUGGGCGCGAGCAUAAUUUACCGGUGCAACGACCACAUGAAGCUCGAGGGAAAUGCCUCGUCCGUCUGCCAGGCCGACGGAAAAUGGCGUUACCCGUUACCGCAGUGUCUGGCCCCGUGCGUGGUGCCGCAAAUUGAAAACGGCAACAUCACGGUGGCGAGCCACGAGAACGAUCACAUCAACAACGUCACCGUUGUGGAGCACGGGGAGCGAUUGCUGGUCUCCUGCGUGAAGAACUACGAGUUCGCCGCGAACAGCACCCCGGUGGUCUGCAACAACGGCACCUGGUCGAUAGUGCCAAGUUGUUCCCCGGCUCGGUGCAAGCACAUGCCGAAGCCGCCGAAGAACGGCAUGGCGAUCGCGCCGAAGACGGAUCACGGAAUGAAGGCCGCGUUCAGGUGCAAGGACGGCUUCCAUCUGGUCGGAGGAGGACCCAUGAACGACUCGCUGUGGGUGCGAUGCCAGUACGGGAACUGGACCGGAGAUAUUCCUCACUGCGUUCAAGUCUUCUGUCCGUUCCCCGGCAUGAUCGAGAAUGGCAAGGUCUUCCUCGUGGGAAACAUGGGCGUUUACGAUUACAGACCCUACGUGAAGAAGGUGGUGAACAACAAACAGAUCAUGUACGACUGCGACAAGGGCUACGUGCUGGACGAAGGCCAACCUACCGGGGCUACUUGCGUCGGAGGGAACUGGAGUCCCAAGGAACUGCCCAAGUGCAUACCUGGACAGCACCCUAGGCUUCGGUGGAGCAGGCGAAGGCGGUCCAUCAGCGACGAGGAUCUCACCAUGAGUUACAGGAAGUUCAUCGAGUUCUUCCGCAAGAUCGGCAAGAAGCUGCUCCGCCUGGAGCUGAACAAGGGCAAGGACCACGCGAAGCACAAGCCCGAGAAGGCUCUGAACUUCACGCAGCACCGCACCGACAACUCCACGGAGCCAUCCUGGAAGAAGCACGCGAACCAUGGGAACCGCUCGAAGCUGCGCGAGGAGAAGAUGAUCGACUUCCUGGAGAUCGCUUACAGGAAACUGCAGCGGAUCGACGCCAGACAAUCGAACAGCUCGUCGAACGGUAGCAUGCACGACCUUUUGAACGCCAUGAGCAAGAACUUCUUCCACGUGGACCUGUCCGAAGCCCGGCGCAACAGUUCCAGAAGCCGCUCCGAGUUCGAGGUUCGUAAUCAACGGGAGUUCGUCAAGCUGAAGCGGAAGUUCGAGAAGAUCAUGCGGUUCUACAACAAGUCGACCCGCUGGAACGAGAAGGGUCGCAAGGACUCGCGAAAGAAGGGCCAGCCGCACGGCGACAAAUCGAAGAAGUCGAAGGACAAGAAGAAGCACCGGAAGAACUACUACAAAGGCUUCUACGAGUUCGUGAACAGCUACGUGACCGAGAAGCUGUCGAUGUUGGAGGCGAGGAACGCGACGGAGGAGCUGAUCAAGCGGAUGAACAUCGACAAGUUCACGGUGAGGAACGGCAGCACGUUCACCGUGGGCGAGAUGUACGCGUUCUUUAAACAUAUCAUAGAGGCGAAGCUGAACAGCAGCGAGGACAGCUCGGAGCCGACGACGUUGCCCGCCUCGUCGUCCACGAGCACCACGACGGCGUCCAGCGCGUCGUCGACGACGACCACGACGACGGCGACAACGACCACGACGACCUCGACGAGCAGCACGACCACCUUGGCGACACCCAGGGAGAUCGAGAGCCACGAGAAUCGAUCCUUCGCGGCAGGUGGGAACGAAUCUUCGGUGUUGGACAACGAGAUCCCGGCCAGCAAAGAGGGUGCGCCCAAGCACCGCAGCAAGCGGAUACGGAACGCGUCGGACGACGCGAGUCCCACGCACCAGAAGCGUCGAUUGCUGGGCUUGAACGUUCUAACGAUGCGGAAGGACGGCUCGAGGAGGGUGCGCAGGAACUCGAAGCGCUCGAGGAAGGCCUACGACGACGAGAAGACCAGACAGUUGACGUUCAAGGAGCUCGAAGCGCAGCAGCAGAGCCGCUCGAAGCGCUUUCUGCCGCCGUCCGAGCUGGAUAAUCAAAUAUUUCUAAAGAACUUGUAUCUGAACGCGUACGAGGACGAGUACAGGGCGAACGUGAAGCGAUCGAUCGUCCAGGGCAACCACACCAACGAGCAGCAGCAACAACAGCAGCAGCAGCAACAGCAGCAGCAGCAGCAGCAGCAGCAGCAGCAGCCUGCUGUCUACAGGAGACGCAAGGGCAACCUCGGCGCGUACGAGAUCAACUUCGCAGAGAGUCGGCGACAAAGAGCGGAGGCCGAUGAGAGGGCACGAUUCCGUGAUUACAGAAAGUAGAGGGUGCGACCGAGUGGCUGAAGGCACCGCGAAGGUGCGAAGAAGGACCACCUAGCGCGCGAUCCGGCGAAAAUCCUUUCCCUCGGAACGACAGAAGACCAGGACCGAACGAACGGUGUCGCAAGCUCGGGUUUUGCUUGCGAGCAGCUGGCUAAUUUGCCAGCGAGAAGGACGCGUGCACGGGAGAACGACAACGGCUCCGACGAAGGCGAACGAUAAAAGUAGAAAGCGAGAAGGCGUUAAAGGGGAAGAGAGACUUUAAUGGCCCCGCGUAACGCGGAUCACAGAACCUGGCCUCUUUAUGGGAUAAAUCGUUUUAUUGUGCUGCUCGGCGGCAUUCGGACGACGCUCGAAAAGUUGCCGGUGGUGCUAGGUGCGAAAAGGGAAGCUGUCGUAUCCGGCGUUAAACGCCUUUCCGGGUGAAUCGGCACCGUGAAUGAUACUUCGAGGGUUUUCCUGCGAUCCCCGAGCCCGUCGAACGCCUGCGACCACGCUGAUUGGACAACUUUUCUCGACGCUUCUCCGCUAGAGGUUACCACGCUGAUCCAACUUUAAGCCAUUCCGCUGGACUGGUUCUGCUCGUUAGAGGGAACAUGCUCCGGCAAGUUCCCGCGUUUUACUUUGUCGCGUCUAUAGCGAAAUUUAUGUACAUCUGUGGUCCGCAUAAAUUCCUAUAAAUCGGAAAUCUGUGCGUGUUCGUGGUUUCCCCGAAACUCCCGCACUUUUGUCCAUUUUAAGCGAGCAGCCAUCGACCGUCCAACGAUUGUUCUUCGAGUCGAAAAUAACGCAACGGCUGUUUUAAUUCCCUUAGACGUUUACGAUGUCGUAUUUUAUCUACACUCCUUUGUAAUAAACGUACAAUGUAUAAUAACCACGAGAUAUCGAAGCGACGAGACUCUCGAAUCGAUAAUAAAAGUGCCGACUUUGUCGAGUUUC